CAGUUAAGGCCGUACAAUUCCAGUGACGAGCUCGACGUCUUUUCACAGCGAAUUGUCAAAGGUUGGAGAUCCCUGUCACUCAAAGUUGGCGACAGGUAUAAAUGCCUUGCUCGUUCAAGCACCGAGUCACUUGUUUUCUGUGUCUUCCUGUGUAUCCAUCUCAGUGUUUGUGCUUUGCAUCUCCACAAGAAGGGAGCAUCGACUUCGCUCACGCAGCAAUGAACCCUUGCCAGAUUUUUGCGUCGUUGGUGAUGUCUAUGUGCUGUCACGUACUGUCAACAACAGCAUGGUCGGUGAAUAACUUCCUGAUGACAGGACCAAAGGCUUACCUCACAUACACCAGCAGUGUGCAGGCAGGGGCUCAGAGUGGUAUUGAAGAGUGCAAACAUCAGUUCGCAUGGGACAGGUGGAAGUGUCCGGAAAGCGCACUGCAGUUAUCUACACAUAACGGCCUGCGGAGUGCGACCAGAGAGACCGCUUUUGUGCAUGCCAUAAGUGCUGCUGGAGUUAUGUACACUUUGACAAAGAACUGCAGCAUGGGGGACUUCGAUAACUGUGGCUGUGACGAAUCCAAAAUAGGAAAAACUGGUGGUCGUGGUUGGGUUUGGGGAGGCUGCAGUGAUAAUGUUGACUUUGGAGAAAGAAUCGCCAAACAAUUUGUGGACGCGCUUGAAAAUGGUCACGACUCUCGCGCUGCAGUCAACCUGCACAACAACGAGGCUGGUCGACUCGCCGUCAGAGCAACACUCAAAAGGACAUGCAAGUGUCAUGGUGUAUCUGGAAGCUGCAGUAUUCAGACAUGUUGGAUGCAGCUGGCUGACUUCAGAGAUAUCGGCACCUAUCUGAAAAUCAAGCAUGGUCAAGCACAGAAGCUGGAGAUGGACAAAAUUCGGAUGAGGGCAGGUAACAGCGCGGAUAAUCGUGGCCCAAUCGCGGACACGUUCAGCAUCGUUGCGCGCACAGAACUCAUUUAUAUGGAAGAUUCUCCAGACUACUGCGUGAAAAACCUCAGCCUGGGACUACAUGGAACAGAAGGCAGGGAAUGCCUACAAAGCGGGAAGAAUCUUUCACAGUGGGAGAAGAGAAGCUGCAGGCGGCUCUGCCACGAAUGUGGUCUGAAAGUAGAAGAGAGGAGGAUAGAGACUGUGAGCAGCUGUAACUGUAAAUUUCACUGGUGUUGCACAGUCAAAUGCGAAACAUGCACUCAGACUGUGACCAAAUAUUUUUGCGCAAAAAGACACAGAAACCGUCGGCCGCACAACAAUUCACGCAAAAGACAACGUAAUAGGAGAUGAAGUUAUCCUCUUUUCAAAUAUAUUAAGUUGUAUAUUUCCAAUGUAAAUAUAUUUUAUAUGAGACGAGAUAUGCUGCUUUUUCACUUACUGCA